UCCCAGCUCGAGCUCUCGUCUCUGUCACGUACCACAAAGCCGGGAAAGCUCGUGCCUCCAAGAAAAAUGGCGUUCCGCAGAACCAUUGCACGGAGCAUAUGGGCAGCCAAGAGCGCGGCCGCCAGCUCUGCCGCCGCGGUGCCCAAGCCCCCGCCUCCCAUCCUCCCGGCGAGGCGGACGCUGCCGGUGGUGGAGGACUGCCCCACGCUCGCAUUCCUGCGCCCGCGCCCGGCCACCGCCCGCUACUCCACCGUCUCCGUGCCGCUCCCGCACCACUGCUUCCCCGCGUUCCCCGUCGGCGACCAGCUGUUCAACCGCCUCGUCGACGGGCUCACGCCGCCGCCUGCCGCCGUGCCGUGGAGGCCCGGGGAGGCGGGGGUGACGCUGCAGGAGGCGAGGAAGGUGGCGAGGGCGGCGGAGAUGGAGGCCGCGCGCGCCACGCUGAGGGCCAACCCCGAGAGCGUCGUGUCCAGGUCAGAGUACGCCGCGCUCUGCGUCGACAUUGCGGGCGGCGCGGAGGGCGGGCGCAGGCUCGCCGGGGCUCUCGACGAGGCCGGCGCCGUCAUCGUCCUCGCCGACGCCGUCUUCCUCCGCCCCGACCAGGUGGCAAAGGCGAUCGGGAGCAUGCUGCCGGCGCCGGCGCGCGCGGCGGCCGCGGGCGACGACGUCGAGGCGCGCACGCGGGAGCUCGCGGCGCUGGAGCGGCAGAAGGCGGCCAUCGACGCCAAGGCGGCGGCGCAGACGCGGCGGGAGCUGUGGUGCGGGCUGGGCCUGCUGGCGGCGCAGACGCUGGGGUUCAUGCGGCUCACCUUCUGGGAGCUGUCGUGGGACGUGAUGGAGCCCGUGUGCUUCUACGUCACCUCCAUCUACUUCAUGUCCGGCUACACCUUCUUCAUGCGGACGGCCAUGGAACCCUCCUUCGAGGGCUUCUACCGGAGCCGCUUCGCGGCGAGGCAGCGCCGCCUCAUGCGCGCCCGCCAGUUCGACGUCGCCCGGUACAACGCGCUGAAGCAAGGGGAGCGGCGCGGCGUGUCCGGCUCCGGUUCUGUGGCACAAAGCGAUCACGGCGAGUGCGAUGCCGACGUUUUCAGGCACGCCACGCACGCACAUCAGUAGCGCCGUUCUUCUAGGGAACUCUGGUACAGGCUAACUAGUUUGAGACGUAGUCGCAAAAUGAAAAGAAAAAACUAGCUUGAGACGUGUAGUAGAGUGCUUAUCAGGAUUCACCGAUUGAGGGUCCAUGGCACAGAAAAUUCACCGAUGUUUGAGUUUGUUUAUAACUUGUAUAGUAAUGGUAAAAUUCACCAUUUUAUCGUGAA